CAUUUAUGCUAACACCGAGGAUUUCUUAAUGGUUUCAACUUUAACAAACGGUAAGACAUUAGAAGAUUCCAUGGGUAAAUUUCCUAGUCCACUUGGUCCUAAAUUAAUUUCUUUAUUGGAAACUUUGGGAUAUCCUACUAAAAAAUUACCAGAAAAUAAUUUCAAACAAAGUAAUACGGAAGAUAUUUUAACCAAGACUACUUAUGCUGUAACUGAAAUCGAAACAGUGUCUAAAAGCGUUGUUACCGUAAUCGAAAUUGUUACUGGUCCUCCACCACAACAAACGAUACCACCAACAAAUGAUAAUCCCUCCCAAAAUAAUAAUGAUAAUGAUAUAGAUAAUUUCGGUCAAGAUAUUUUCGGUUCUUCCUCAUUAAAUAUUCAAAAUAACCUUGCUUUAAUGAUUAUUGCUUUAAAGUAUAAAGACCAAAUUUUGUCUUUAGCCAUACUUGCUACGCCUCAAAAUUUUAAGGGUGCAUUCCUUAUAAUUUUUCCAAAGACCGGGCAGGACCGUUCAGGACCGAAAGACCGACUGAUCAUCUUUAUUGCUGGUUCGCAUAUGUCUAACACUUGGGAAAGCUGUCGAGCCUUACUUUGUGCUGAUUUUAAUAAAUUCUUAUCUUCCGCUCUAAACGUUGCUUGA